UUACAUAUACUAUGUCAUUUACAUAUACUAUGUAAAUGAUAUUAAUUUAUAUAUAAUGAUAUCUGUUUAUUAUGAUUAUGAUGUCUUUGAAAUUAGGAUUUUCCAAAUUUUAAUAAAUUAGUCAUAGACAUGUUUUUGGUAAAUUGGUAACACGGCUGUCUAGUAACACUGGCUAAAUACUAAUGGAUUCUUGCAACUUCAAACUGGCCCUAGAAAUGGGAGACAAAUGUCGAUUAAGGUCACUAAUUGUAUCUCUUGGUACUUAACUAGAGAUGAUUUUAUUAAGUCACAUCUUUAAAACGGUGCAGAUAAUCUAGUGUUUAUUAAUCUUAUUUUAUUUUCACCUUAUUUAAUCGUUAUGUUUACGUUGCCAUAUACUACUAGUGUUCCUGCUUAUGUAAACAUUUCCCACUUCAGUGAAUUUAAUUCUACUAUUCGAUAACCAACUUCGUAAAUAACGUAAAAAUAAGCUAGAAAAUAAAAAAUGAAUCAUGUAUCGGGAAGUGUACGUGUUUUUUGUGUUAUUUUCAAGAGUAAUAUCGUAUAAUAUUGAAGUGACGGUUAAACAGGGAAAGCUGAUAGGGCACAGAGAGGCCACAGUUUUUGAUAAGAGACUUUACUUUGUAUUUUAUGGAGUGCCAUACGCUAAGCCACCUAUAGGUAGGCUGAGAUUCAAAGAUCCCCAGCCUGAACCGAAAUGGGAAGGAAUUUAUGAUGCUAGUACGGAAUUCCACGGAGCAUGUGCUCAAGCGCACAUUGUUCACAAACACGGACUGUUUGGGGCUGAAGACUGUCUAUAUCUAAAUAUUUACACGCCGGCAAUUCCUAAAACUGAAGAUGUAGUCCUCAAACCCGUCAUUGUUUGGCUUCAUGGAUACGCUUUUACCUCAUCUUUUAGCCACAUUCAUGGAGCAGACUUUCUGAUCGACAAUGAUGUUGUUCUUGUGACUAUCACGCAUAGGGUAGGAGUGUUUGGGUUUCUAAAAAUCAACGAUGAUGAUCCACAUGCUAACAUGGGACUCAAAGACAUAGUCAUGGCGUUGAAAUGGAUCAGAAGGAAUAUCAAGCAGUUUGGUGGCAAUAAAGAUAACAUUACUCUAAUGGGGAGUAACUCAGCUGCUACAUUCAUAUCACUUCUUCUACUUACAGAAGCUAGCAAACUAUUUUCUAAAAUUAUUUUACAAAGCGGAACAUUAUAUUCUGCUUCAAUAUUACAAGGAGACCACAAGUUGGAAAGAGAAAGACUUAAACAAGAACUUCAUAAAAAAAGCUUAAUAUUAAGUAAGGCGUUGACUAAAGAUAUUGUUGAUGCCUCACAAAAGAUAUACACUCGAUCAGAAGUCGAAAACUUUCAAAGACCUGUAGUACCGUUUACGCCGAUACUUGAACCAACAUCUAACAAAAGUUUGUUAACAAAAUCACCAAAAGAUUUUUUCGAUAUUAUGAAACGGAAAAAGAUUAAACCUUUGUUAAUGGGCUUUAAUACUCAAGAAAGUAUAUCGGAAGUUAUACCGUUCAUACAUAACCCAUAUUAUUUGAGACUAUUUCGAAAGAUUUUUAAGUACAUGGUACCAUUUCAUGACGGAUGUAGUUAUAACACCACAUCGCAACAGUAUACGCGUAUAUCGGAAGAAAUAAAGGAGAGGUACUUCAAAGGAGAUAUUACAGAAAAAUCCCUCGAAAGUUUUUUAAGAUACACAUCUGAUCUUAUUAAAUACCCUAUCAUUAAAUUCCUCAAUAUUUACUUGAAGCUAAUUAAAGCGAACACCAAGAUAUUUACGUACAAAUUCGACUACAGGGGUUCGCUCAACGCUGUCAAGGCGACUUCGAUAGGGAUGUCUAAUGCAAAAAUAAAGGGUGUUGCGACAGGCGACGAAAUAUGUUACGUGCUUAAGUGUGAACCACUUUGGGAAGAUUAUGUGAAGAUGACUAGAGAAGAAGUCAAUACAGACAAAACAGUUAUCAAAGAAAUGUCAAUAAUGUGGGCAAACUUUGCAAAAUAUGGUGAUCCCACCCCGGCUAACUAUGUCGGUAAUACAACAUGGCCACCGAUGAGUGCAGAUGGCAGUAAUGUUUUGUUAAUAAGAAGGACAUUUAAAACAAUUGAUUUUAGAGCAGAAACCAUCAUAUAUCGUUUCUGGAAUCACAUAUAUGAUCGUUUCUAUCAGGACCACCAUUGUAAACCAAAACAUGACGAGCUGUAGUAUUAAGAUUAAUUAUUAUUGUAACUUACCUAACAUUUACUCCAUCGAUUGCUUUAUCGUUAUUAUCUGUGAAGUUGUAUAGUCCGUCUUUUUUAAUAAAAAACGAAUUAGCAGUUUUCUCCUUUA